UGGGCAGCGAGUGCGUUUACCUUUUCAGUUGCGUUCGCGUUUUCCAGCAGUUCAGAUGGCCACGCGGCCGGUUUUAAGAUGAGCCUAUCGUUGCUGCCGUGCGGUCGGUACUCGUCCUCGUCCACAUCCACAUCCAUAGCCACGUCCUCGUCGUCUUCGUCUGCAUCUUCGUCCUGCUCGUCAUCGUCCAGUUUUUCGGACGUCGUGUGUGCGGUGGCAGCUGGUAGUACUAUAUUUACUCCUUCUCCCUACUACUGCUACUACUACAAAAACAACAACAACAACAACAUCUAUAGCCCCAAAAACAACUGCAAAUGAAGCCCUUGUGCUGGCUAAGCCGCAAAAAAUGAAAGUGAUUUAUAUGGCCAAAUGAAAUAUGCUCGCCUAAGUGAACCGACCAGCCCGGAAUCGAGUCAAUUAAAAUUCAAUUAUGCGACCAAAAAUGAAGGAGAGGCCGCGCAAGCGUUUGAAAAUUCGACCGCUGAACAACUCCUGACUGAAACGGAAGUUUAAACUGCCAUAGAAAAGUGUUCCCAAAACAUAAUCCUAGCAAUCGAUCAUAUCGCCGGAGAAGCCAAGUACAUAUCGUGUGCCAGACUUAUCAACUGCAAGGAUAUAUCGCGCUAUAUAUAUAUCAAAACUGCAAUUACUAUCAUAUCCUUGUUAUGUUUGUCGUUCGCGUUGCGACUCCCGGUUGUAAGAGUUCAAUAAGUGGUGGCUAAAAUACGAAACUAAAUCCAAACACUGUCCAUGACCCCCCACCAACCAACAAAACCAACAAACGAAUGAAAAAAGAAAACCCACUCAGCGAGCUUGUUCGAAUGGAAAUCAAUCAAUUGCACAAUGCCAGAGUGCAGGCGGUGUGAAAAAGUGAAUUAAUUGCACAGCAGGACGUCAAAGCUAAGAAACAUACCGAACAGCAGUUUAACAAUAAAAAAAAAAACGGAAUAAAAGUUUAAAAACGACAUAACACGACUGUCAUUUGUAAUUACAAAUGAGCCUGAAAAAGCGGCAUACAUAAUUCACAAUUACAAUAAAUUUUAAAGCAAAACUCAUACCUAUAAAGCAAAGUAUUUGCAAUUAAAUUAUCUGUGAUUUUUGUCAACAUAUUAAAUAUUUUGCGUGCGCGUGGUCAAACCAAUCCUCCCCCCGCCCCAUCAAAACCCUUAGCCAAUUAUUUAAAGUGAAUAUAAAGUGAAUGGAAGUUGCAGUGUGUUUGGCUUAAAGGCAAUUCGAUUCGUCGCCGGUUGUUCGUUGUUCGUUGGUUCGUUGGUUCGUUGGUUCGUUGUUCGUUGUCCGUUGUCGGUUGUUCAUUUGAUUUGCGUUGAUUUCGUAGUGCUUUAAGUGUUAUAUAUAUCGAACGAAACGGAAACGGUGUCGAUACGGGACGUGUAAAUAUAUAUAACGUACAAAAUGGCAAUGGUUAUAUCGACGCGUGCCAAGCUCGUGAUUGCCGCGCUGAUACUGUUCUUCCUGCUGGGCAUCGUCCUCGUAACGGGCUCCACAAAGGGAUGGUUCUAUCCCAACCGCUACAACGGCGAAAGGGUGGCAGCUAGGAUUCAGGAUGAGGAUUCUUUGCUUUAUGAAGGAUCUGGCGAGAGUUUACCCUUCGAAGAUUCAACGGAAGUGAAUAUUUUAGGAGAUGAUUUUUGGAAUCUAGGCGAAGAGGCGACAGAAAUCUUCGACGCCAGCGGUAUGCAGCCCCCGGGACAGACGCAAUACACGCACGAGAGACCGUACCGCGGCAUUAAGGGCGAGAAGGGAGAGCGGGGGCCCAAGGGCGACAGCAUUCGCGGUCCGCCGGGACCGCCGGGUCCGCCCGGGCCCAAAGGUGAGACGGCCGCCUAUCCGCCCUUUGUGGAGACAACGAGUGCGGGGGCUAAAUACACUGGCGAGUGUACAUGUAAUGCGUCUGAUAUCCUAGAGGCCAUCAAGGAAAAUGAGUCGUUGCGGGAAACGUUGCGAGGAGCGCCAGGUGCGGCGGGCAAGGAUGGAAAGCCAGGUACCCCUGGUCACACCGGAGCCACCGGAGUGCCAGGAGCUCGAGGCGCCCGGGGAUCCGAAGGUGCCCAGGGGCUGAAGGGUGAGCCAGGCGUCGACGGACUGCCCGGAGUCGUUGGUCCGCCGGGACCACCGGGACCGCCUGGUUUGCCCGAGAAUUACGAUGAAUCCCUAAUGGUCAACUCGAUGGGCGCAUUCCGGGGGACGACGCAGCCGGGAGCCAAAGGUGUGCCCGGCGAGAAAGGUGAUGCCGGCCAGAAAGGAGAGCGUGGCGAUCCGGGUCACAAAGGUGCACACGGGCCCAGUGGCGCAAAGGGUGAGCCCGGCGAACCGGGAACGCCCGGACUGCCGGGAUUGCCUGGACAGGCUGGACAGCCCGGCGGACUCGAGGGCCUGGCCAAUGCCAACGGAACCAAGGGCGAAAAGGGCGAGAAGGGCAUGAGGGGAAGGCGCGGCGGAACGGGUGCAACUGGACCAAUUGGACCGCCCGGAAAACCCGGAGCCAUGGGCGAUAUUGGCCACUCGGGCCGGCCUGGUAUGACAGGACCAAAGGGUGAGAUGGGUCCCAAGGGACCAAAAGGUGACUCCGGCGGACGAGAAGGGGUCAAGGGUGACAAAGGCGACCGAGGUCAGGAUGGUCGUGAUGGCUUGCCAGGACCUCCUGGAUUGCCCUCUACCGGAGGAGGGGAUGGUGACAGCAGCGGAGUACAGUACAUACCCAUGCCAGGACCACCAGGACCUCCGGGACCACCAGGCCUCCCAGGUCUAUCGAUUUCAGGGCCCAAGGGAGAACCAGGCAUGGACUCGAGAAGCUCCUUCUUUGGCGAUGCAUCCUACUACGGGCGACCAGAGCCACCACGCCAGCCAGGACAUUCACACAAACAUGAAGACACCCUGGGGCUGGUUGAUGGCGAGGAGCCUUACUUUUCGGCAUCCUCAUCGAACAUGAACAUGAAGAUUGUGCCCGGCGCAGUCACCUUCCAGAACAUCGAUGAAAUGACAAAAAAAUCGGCCCUCAAUCCACCGGGCACAUUGGCCUAUAUCACCGAAGAGGAGGCGCUUUUGGUUCGCGUCAACAAGGGCUGGCAGUAUAUUGCGCUGGGUACCCUGGUCCCGAUAGCCACGCCCGCUCCGCCCACAACGGUGGCUCCUUCGAUGCGAUUCGAUCUGCAGUCGAAGAACCUGCUCAACAGUCCACCGCCCCUGCUCAAUACGCCAACGUUUACAACCGCGCCCGAAUACGAAACGUGGUAUCCGCGAAUGCUUCGCGUGGCCGCGCUCAACGAGCCCUCCACCGGCGAUUUGCAGGGAAUUCGAGGGGCGGACUUUGCCUGCUAUCGGCAAGGACGACGGGCCGGCCUCCUGGGCACCUUCAAGGCAUUCCUCUCAUCCAGGGUACAGAAUCUGGACACGAUUGUUCGUCCGGCUGACCGGGAUCUGCCCGUAGUGAAUACCCGUGGCGAUGUGCUCUUCAACUCAUGGAAGGGCAUAUUCAAUGGUCAAGGUGGCUUCUUCUCGCAGGCGCCGCGAAUCUACAGCUUCAGUGGCAAGAAUGUGAUGACGGAUUCAUCAUGGCCCAUGAAAAUGGUCUGGCAUGGUUCGCUGCCAAAUGGUGAGCGCUCCAUGGACACCUACUGCGAUGCCUGGCAUUCAGGUGACCAUUUGAAAUCUGGCUAUGCCAGCAAUCUGGACGGUCAUAAGCUGCUCGAACAGAAGCGCCAGUCCUGCGACAGCAAGCUGAUCAUCCUUUGCGUUGAGGCCCUGUCGCAGGAUCGCAAACGCAAGAAGCGGGAAAUCGGCGGCAGUAGCUACGGCAACAGUCACAGUCACGGCGAGAGCGAAAGUCUGGAGUUCAACACAGCCGAGGAGUAUGCAGCGCAUUUAGAAAAUUUACUGCUGUAAGCGGAACCGGAAGGAAGAAAAAGCGAGUCACACCAAACCAUUCUCAUACACAAAAACAAAACAAAUCACAGCACACACUCACACACACGUACAUACAUUGAAUGUAAACGUAAAUCAUGGCCAUGCAUAUAAUCAGCGAAUUCCAAACAAAAACCAAAAAGCGAAUACUCAGACGACAGAUGGAUGUUGCAUAUAAAUACAUACUUAUAUUACCCAUACGCAUACACACACUAACUAUAUCGUAGGUAAUGUCUAAUGUAUUUCCACGCGUAUAUCAUAAACACAAAUAGAUAUGAUAUAUAUAUAUAUAUAUAUCAUGGAUAUAUA